ACGGCGUUUAUUACAGAAACGCUGCACUUUUGGUUUUCAAUUUCUAACGUUUUAAUUAAAACGCUAUAUUUAUCCAAAGAAAAGAGCGAACCUCACGAUGAUUUCAUUUUCCCCGGCCAUUCCAUUUCUCAGCAAAAAUCUUCCUUCCUCAAAUUUUACACCUCCACUCUUCAAAUCUGAUCCUUUAUUCCGUCAAAAUUUGUCCUCCCAAGCUUUCCUACUCAUAUUACUUAGUUCUCAAAAUUUCUCUAAUUAGUUCGAUCCUGGUUUCUCUGAUUUUGAAGCAAAAGCUUGAAUCGAUCCUUGUGCUUCUACUUUGAAUCGAUCCUUGUGCUUCUACUUUGAAUCGAUCCUUUCCAGUUAGUUUCUCCAAUUUCAGGGUUUUAAGCUUCUAAGUGGUUAGGGCUUUGAUUUCGCGAUCUACAGUAGCGUAUUCAAAUCCUUGUGUAACCAAUUAAGGAUCUCCUUUAUUGAUCCUUUUCAUUAUUUUUUGAGACUUUGUGCUGCAAUUUUUGUUACUUACUUGAUUAUUUGCUUCAUUUGAUUUUUUGGUAUGUUUAAUUGGUUUUUUAGGUUUUGGAGUUUAAGAGAUGGAAGGAAAGCUAGGAACUUGAAUCUUUAUAUAGUUGUUUGUGUUUUUCUACAGGAGUUUGGGGGAUGCAGCAACAGUAAGGGAUUCUCAUUGUUCAUAGGAUUCUUUGGUAUGUUUAAUUAAGUUACAAAGUGUCCUUUUAUUUUCAUUUCUCUACAACAUGUUCUUUGGAUUGGUUGAAUUCUAAAAGUUUAUUGUUUAGCUAUUUGAUUUUCAUUGGGAUUUCUGGUUUUUUUUUUCUUUAUCGCCACACUAACUUAGUUUUCUGUGAAAGUUAGUUGAACACUUGAUAUGUUUGUUUUGCUCCAUGUAUAAUUCAGAAGAAAGUAAACUUCGUUGAGAUCAGUAAGUAUAAUCUUUUUGAGUCAUUAAAUCAAGUGGUUAAAUUAUGGGUUAAAUUUUGUCAUGAAAGAAAAGAAUUGAUGUAUUCUUGAACCCUUUAUGUUGCAAGGUUGGUGAUCUCAUGCAUAAUUGGUAGAUGGAUGGUGAGGGGUAAAUAUUGUUGAAGCUCUAUUAGCAACAAACUUCUUAUUGGUUGCCAUUUCAAGGAUAUUCAUCAUUGAUCUGUUUGAUGUGAAUCAAUAUUUAGUAGUUGUCUGUAGAGAAAGAAUGCUGAGUAUGGAAUCCAUAAAUAGGCAAUUAGGAG